ACCUCAGGUGCUAAAAAAUACUGGUUCAUAUUCUUUCUAUAUUGCAGCACUUAGAGUGAAGUAGAUUUCUUGUUUUGGAGGAGAAAAAGAUAUUGGUGUUCUAAAAAUGAUCCAUGCGUGCUAAUUUGCUAUAAAAAUUCUUCCUACAAAAAUUCUUGACUAAUGCAUGCAGACUAACUCUAACCCAGUAGUGCUAUUGCAAAGGCCUCUAAGGGUGAUGAAAGAGGGAAAAAGGGAAGGCCAAGAAGAAGCCUAACGGGGUUCAAAUGCCCACUCUGCCUUAGGCAUCACUGGCGAGAGCAAGAGAUGAUUUUGAAAUUGCCCUGGCUUUUAGCUCUGUUUUUAUUUUUGAGAGCCUUAUAGUAGACUACAGAAGAGCCAAGAGAGCACAGUGGUUGGUGAUGGAUAGACUUUUAUUGAGACUGGCCAGUUUUGAAUUCUAACUCUACCACUUUAAAAUGGAAACGGAAGGUUACUGGGAGGAUUAAAUGAGAUAAUACAAGAUAUGUGCUUAGCAGAAUACCUGAAACAGAGCAAAAUCUCCUCACAUGUUCAUUACUUUGAUUCUAAUUCCCUCCCAAAUAACAAGAAGGGUGGGAGUGCAGAGACAUGCCUUACUGUGCUGCAACCCGUGCUGCCAAAGAGCUGGCUGAUCCAGAAAGUUCCAUCAACCAGGAUUAGUACAGGCUCUAAUAACACACACUCACUGACUGUUUUUCCAAACCAUCAUCUGUGCUGGGUGCUUUUACGGUACUUCUACUUUCAAAGAUCAGUUAAGUGAGGGGAGAGAAGCUGAUUAUUCAAGGGCUGGCAGGAAACAAUGGGAAGGCUCUUCUUUCAGACUGUGGUCCUUAGAGGCCCACAUGCUGGAUUCGCCACCCUGCUGCCCAGCCGCACUGAGGGGCAAAUGUGACAUUCUCUCCCCAAAGGUGUGCCUGGCAUCCAUUAUAAAUCAUGAACUUUAUUGAAGUUUAAUUCACAAAGCAUAAUAAUCACCUAUUUUGAGUACAUGGCUUGGUCAGUUUUCACAGGCGUGUGCACUGUGUACCUCCCAAAAGCAAAGCAGGCGUUUUCUUCGUGCCGAAAGAGUUCUUGUGCCUGUGGGUGUUGCAGUUGAUUUCUCAACAAUGUUGCAGUGGAUUCCUUUCUGAGAGGAGGAGUGUGGUGGGGGCAAGAGUGGGCAAGAGGCGCGGAGUCACCACACAGACUCCGGGAGUCGGGUGAAAGCAGGCCUGAGACGAGCAGCCCGCAGAUUCAUUUAUUUGAGUUAGUACAACAGCUUAUAUAGCCAAGACCAGCCAAUCCAGUCAAGGGGCGGUCUAUGCCCCAACCAAUCACAGCCUGUUGCCAGGCAGUUUCCAAAGCCAUACAAUCACAGCCUGUUGCCAGUCAGGCUCUUGUCGCCAGGCAGUUUCUGAAACCAUCCAAUCACAGCCUGCCAUCAGGCUCUAUUGUCAUGUGGUUUCCUCUGUUGUCAUGUGGUUUCUGAAGCCAUCCAAUCACGGCCUGUUGCCAGGCAGUUUCUGUUGUCAGCGGCCAUCUUGGCAUGACCUUUUCACCUCAGUGGCCAUCUUGGCAUGAACUUUUCACCUCAUUCCACCACAUGUGGGCACAUCUUCCCCUUCCUAGCCCCAAGCACCCACCCAUCUGCCUCCUGUCUGUGCACAGUCCCUUUGUCUGCUCUGGAGUUCCCCAUCACUGGAGGCAUGUGAUAGCUGCUGGCGCUGUUUCGUGUCUGCCUUUGGACAUCAUUCUUGCAUCCAGUUUUCCCCAUGCUCAGACUUAGGGUGCAAACUACAGCACCUGGAGGCCAAACUUCUAUUCCAUCCUCACUCUGACGCUGUCUCAGCAGCGCCUGGGCCUGGGCCGCAGAGGGCAUGAAGUCCACAGCAGACCUGCAUCAAAAACUCGGCAGAGCAAUUGAGUUGGAGGCGAUAAAACCGACUCAUCAAAUCCUGAGUGUACAAGAGAAGAAGAGAAAAUCACUUGAUAAUGAAGUUGAGAAGACAGCUAACCUUGUCCUUAGCAACUGGAAUCAGCAAAUUAAGGCCAAGAAGAAAUUAAUGGUGAGCACCAAGAAGCAUGAAGCCCUUUUCCAUCUUGUAGAGAGCUCCAGGCAAUCUGCGACUGAAAAGGAGAAGCGGAAGCUCCUCAACAAGCUGAAAAAAUCAACUGAGAAGCUGGAAAAGGAAGAUGAAAAUUACUAUCAAAAAAACAUGGCCGGCUAUUCCACCAGACUGAAAUGGGAAAGCACACUAGGAAACUGCUACCAGAGCAUCCUGGAGCUGGAGAAGGAAAGAAUUCAACUUUUAUGCAAUAACCUAAACCAGUACAGCCAACACAUUUCUCUUUUUGGCCAAACACUGACUGCAUGCCACACACAGAUUCACUGUGCCAUCAGCAAGGUUGAUAUUGAGAAAGACAUCCAGGCUCUGAUGGAAGAAACUGCAACGUCGUCCACAGAACCCAAGUCCGAGCUGCUACUAACUGAUUACUUUGAAGAAGAUCCCAACAAUGCAAUGAAUAAAGAGAGACGGAAAUCUCUAAUAAAACCAAAAUUGUCGAGACUGGAAAGAGACAUUGAAAAAGCCUCAAGAGACAAAGAAGGCCUGGAACGAAUGCUUAAUGUAUACUCUAGCAACUCUUCCUUCUCCGAUGCAAAGAGCCAGAAAGACACAGCAGCGUUAAUGGAUGAGAACAAUCUGAAACUGGACCUUCUGCAAGCAAAUUCCUAUAAACUUUCAUCUGUAUUGGCAGAACUGGAGCAAAGACCUAAGCCCAGCCAUCCCUGUAGUAACUGCAUCUUCAAAUGGAAAGAAAAGGAGCAUAUGCACAGUUACGUAAAGCUCUCUCGGCCUACUUUGACGAAGAGGUUGGAGAAUGCCGUGAGCCGGGCAUCUGCUGGCGGGCAGAACCACCCAAGCUCUUCAUCUGCAGCCUCUGUUGUGGCCCCGCCCGGCAAGAGUCUUGGCAAGGCUUUAUAUUCUUUCCAAGCCAGGCAAGAUGAUGAAUUGAGUCUGGUGAAAGGUGACAUCGUGAUUAUACAUGAGAAAAAGGAAGAAGGAUGGUGGUUCGGAUCCUUAAAUGAGAGAAAGGGCCAUUUUCCUGCGGCUUACGUGGAGGAGCUACCGUCAAGUGCUGGGAACAUGGCAACGCAGACAUGAAACAAGAUUCUGAACGUGCUGCCUUCCACGCUCUGUAAAUUACGUGACGCAAAUACAGAUAAAAUGCUGUUAUCUUUACAA